UAGGAGACUAAUAAAUGAUUACACUGACGUUUCGUUCUAAAAUACAGAAGUUGAAGUUUGACGGAUGGAGUUGCUGAGACCAUCUAAACAAGGAAAAUAACUUCAAGAUAUUACAAGAAAAUUAUUCGAUAAACUUAAAUACUAAGAGACAUUGACAUACGUUUACAAAGUGUUAUGUUGUCUGGGAUUGCAUGUGAGCAUUAGUUACUCACUAGUCAUUUCUUUGUGUAAGUUCUUGUGACAGAUUGCCGUAUACUUACUUCUAUCCGUUGAUAAAUCAUACUGUCCUAUUUCAGUUUAGAUUUUCAAACAAAACAGAAAAACCGGUCGGAUUCUGAAUGGCAUCUAGAAUGAAUGAGUCAAAUGCUAAUUUUCAUAAUAAACACAUUUCAAAGUGGUUUGUUUUCCUGUUUUUGCUGCAUCAAAUUUGUUUCAUUCCACCGUCUAGUUUCAGUCGUUAAGAAAAUUUAUCUGCUCUGUUUAAGGGAAUAUUGAAUUAGAAAAUAAUUUGAGCUCGAUAAACUUGAAGAAAAAUAUUUGGGGCAGAGAUUGGUCGACUUUCAUCGUGAAUAUUAUCGUUUCUUAUCAAGUUUCAUUCCUAAUUACUGGAAACUAGUGUAUAAUUUAUGAUUGUUCUCAUAUUUACAUAGUAUUAUUAUCAUAGGAAAAAGCCUGGUAUGAUAGGAGAUCGAGAAAUUUCCCACAAAAUGUGAGCUAACAAUAUUGUAGGGAAAAGAACGUGAAAACUUAAAACUAAUCAGUAAAGAAAUAAAUGUAACAAAAUAAAUGUUUAUUAAACAAUACUGAUAUGUUCUUAACGCAGCAAAGUUAUAUUUCACCUCAUAUAAAUGCUUCCUCAAUAACAUUGUCUCUAAACGAAUUGAGGGCAGCCUUGAUGUAUAGACAGAUAAUUUCCGACAUAGAAUACAUAUGAUGGUUUUCAAGGAAUUGGCAGAAGUUGGAUAUUUGACCGACCAAUCUAUACCUAAACUAAGACCUGUUUGCAGAGUAUUACAGAAAUGAAUAUUCUAGACACGACUGAUAAAUUUUAAACUGAUGAUUAUUACAUGCAUUUGUCAGCUCUUUAAAAAUGAAUGCAGCAGCAGCAGCAACCCGUGUCUAGUACAUAGCAGAGAUGUGGAUGUUUGUGAGUAUUUAAUGAACAUAAUAUUGACUAGUGUCUGGUGAUCAGUUUUUUAAAUAUACUAGUUCUGGAUGAUAAGGACUAGUUAUCUCUUCUCUAGUAAUGCAAUUAAAUUGUACGAUUCUCACUUUGGCCUUGUGUCUUACACAUCCUAAAUAUUUUAGUUAAUUUUCUAGCAUUGAUUUAUAAAUUGCAUGUAUAUUUCCAUAUUAUAUCUCACGUUGUGUACAACAUAACCUCGAUUUUGGUGUCUUGUAGACGAAUUCCAAAUCAAAACUGAAUGGGUCCUGGGGUUCUUCAAACCAUCUGGUUAUGCCCAAGCCUCCUGCUAACUGCAUUUGGUCUCAGAAUCCCGACAACCUUCCCAUUGUGGAUGUAGUUUUAGAGUCGAAGUUUGCUUCACGUCUACAGCCACAUCAAUGUGAAGGUAUUAUUUUCUUGUAUAAAUGUUUAAUGGGAUUUCAACCGUAUGUUGCUUUAAAUGAAUCUGAUGCACAAAUUACUUAUGGAUGUAUUUUAGCGGAUGAAAUGGGUCUUGGUAAGACGGUUCAAGCUAUUGCCACCAUUUGGUUAUUAAUUAGACAAGGACCGUACGGAGGUAGACCGGUUAUUCAACGUUGCCUUAUUGUAACUCCAGGUACACUUGUUCAGAAUUGGCAAAAGGAAUUCUCCAAAUGGUUAGGUCGUGAACAGUUACCCGUGUAUUGUGUAGAUCAAAAUCAUUCUGUUAAAAAAUACCUAACAAUGUCCAGUGAUUCACCGCAGGUUAUUCUUAUGUCGUAUGAAAUGUUUCUACAGCAUACUAGUGAAAUCUAUGAAAUUUCCGACUUGGAUAUGGUUGUAUGUGACGAAGGGCAUAGAUUAAAAAAUUCCAAUAUCAAUACAACUAUGGCACUUUGUCGACUACGUGCACGUAGACGUUUACUAUUAACUGGGACUCCAUUACAAAAUCAUUUGAAUGAAUUAUGGUCAUUGGCUAAUUUCUGUGUACCAGGACGUUUAACUUCAAGUUUAGAAGAGUUUCGUCGUCAAUUUGUUAUACCACUAUUAAAUAGUCGUAACUUAGUACAAAAUGUUAAAAACAAUCUUUACAAUGAUGAUGAUUGUGACUCUUGGAGUUAUACAAACUAUGAGAAGAAUUGUGAUGAUUUAGAAAGUCCAUCAGCCAAAUUAUUCCGACUAUUGAACAGUUUCUUUUUAAGACGCACAUGUGAUGUCAUUGCACCAAAACUAACUGAUAAAACUGAACAUAUUUUGUUUUGUCGUCCGAGUAAACUGCAGACCGAUUUAGAAGCUAUACUUACACAGUGGAUGAAUAAUGAAUUUAAUUUAAGUCGAUGUGAAUCUCUCAAAUUAUUUUCACACGAUGAUGAUUAUGAAGAUUUUGUUAAAUCUGUGGAAAGCGUAUCGUCAUCACGUUCAAAACACCAUAGUUCCAUUUUAUCAAUUAUAACAGCAUUUCGAAAACUUCACAAUCAUCCAUAUCUAUUAAGAAAUUAUUUAAUACAGUCUAAUUCUACACAAAAUCAAUCAGCUGAUCGUCUACCUACAAAACUGACUGCAGAUUUGCUCCGUUUGUUGAAUUCUGAACACUCAAUAAUGGCACAAGAUCUCUGUUUUACAAAUCUAAAUGAAUUUAUUAAAUUAUCUGGAAAGUUGCAUGUUCUUUAUAUCAUGCUGAGACGACUGUUUGACAAACAACUGUCAUCUUCGUCCACAGUGGAUUUCCAGAAAAAAUCGCGACUAUCCAACAGUAAUAGUAAAAAUAGUUUACAUAUUAAUGAUCGUCUUGUAUUAGUUUCCAAUUUUACUCAGACACUUAAUCUUUUGGAGAAAUUAUGUAACCUAGUCACUGGACAACCAUCUCUUCGAUUAGAUGGUCAGACAACGAACAAACAACGCGCUGAAGUUGUUCAGAGAAUCAAUGAUCCAACAUCUCAUGAUCGUAUAUUACUGCUUAGUUCACGUGCGGGUGGAGUAGGUUUAAAUUUAAUUGGUGCCAAUUACUUAAUUUUGUUCGAUAUGGAUUGGAAUCCAGCAAACGAUGCACAGGCUAUGGCUCGUAUUUGGCGUCCGGGACAAACUAGAUCGGUUAAUUUAUACGCAGCUAAAUUAGCUUUAACCAGUCAAACAUUAGUCAAUACAUCAAUGUAUAAUGAAAAUAUUUUCGAAUUUAUUGAGACAAAAAAGAAACCUGAUAAAAAUCUUGGAAUUCUUACUCGUGACGAGUUGAAAGAAUUAUUUCUCCUUCCCAAUACAUCAUCAGGGUCAUGGACUCAUGAACUUAUUCAGUGUAAUUGUAAUCAGUCUCUAGAAAAGAAACCUUUCACCCCAAGUCCUUCUCUCUCAUCAUCAUCAGACAUUGAAAAUUAUGAUUCUGCCGAUGAAAUUGUAGUGAAGACUUUUAUAGAUUAUUCUCAUGAACUUGACGAUAAAGAGAACAGAAAAGAAGAAAUCGAAUCAUCAGAACACACUACUGGUAUUAUCAAUGAUGAGAAUGAAGACGAUGAAUAUUCCAAUAUUAGAAUAUUUCAAUUAGGUUCUACAAAUCCACUUAUUACUGAGAGCUUGAAAUCACCCAAAUCCCAAUUCACCUAUUUGAAACAACAGUCAGCUUCAAUGCCAACGACAACUCAUAAGUUACCAUCAUCUGAUUCACUUGGUUUUCUAUUGAAUUGGAGACAUUCCUUUUCAUCUGAACAAAUAGAUCAGUUGAAUGAUCGACUUUUAAUAACACAUCAAUCGGACCCUAUGAAAUCCUUAAUAAACUGUAUAUUUACACUAAAUUCAAAAGCAUCUUAA